GGGGAAACGAACAAAGUAAUAUUUUUGAUUGAUCUGUAUGUAAACAUUAGUUAGUAGUUGCCAGUCAAUGGCUUCUUAGAGUUGGUCCACGACGGAGUAGCCUGCGUGCUUGGCAAUGCACGUGUACGCGUACGCGACGGGCACGACGGAACUCAAGACGGCGGCAAUCCAAAUGUACACGGAGGUGGACUUGUCGAUAUGGACAAGCCCCAAUAUGACAGUGGCGAUGGCAACGGUGUACGUCGUUAAACCGAGGUGGCCGUGCCACUUGAGGCUUCGCUGGCCUUGGAACUGCAGCAACUUGAGCUUUUUGUGCCCAGACCCAAUCUGCACCAGUACCAACACGAUCACGAGAGUGCCGCACCAUGAGUGCCAGCCGUGCGGGACGACGCUCUUGCCGAGGGACACGCGAUGGACGAGGAUGCCAACGAGACCGACGAGUGUGCACGUUCCCGCGGCGUGGUUCAUGACCUUGUGGAUGUUGCGCUGGAUGCGCUGGUUCGGGGAUCGGACGUUGAGGUGGAGCGUAUCGAAGGGACGGUACACCAACAUGGCCUCCGAUGCAAACCCAACAUAGGCCAGGGUCAUGAAGAACGCGUGCACGAAGAAGAAACUGAAGCCCUUCCGCACAAGGACCCCGACGACGACGACCAGUGCGGCAGUGUAGCACCACAGCGUGAGCGGCGUUGUGUUCUCCCACACUUCUCGCCAAAUGCCCUUGGACGUGUACGAGUGGUGGUGCGGCGAGACGGGUACUCCCAUGCCAUCGUCGUCGCCGCUAGAGAUGCCCAUCGUGGAGCGGUCGUCUAGGUCUUCCGUCUCGGAAUCCUUUUUGUCCUUGGGCAGAUGCCCCCGCGCCGUGGGCACUUCGACGUCCAUGCGGCAGGCGUCGGAGAAGAAAA